GUCAUUUUUGCGUUAUUCUAUCACAUUCCCAAGACAAAAAAUGGUGAGCCUUUGGCUCCAUUGCAAAUGAUAAUAGUUAAAAGUAGUGCCAAAAACAUAAUAUCCUAAAAAAAGUUUCACGUGAACGUGUUUUUGUUUGAUGAAUUGAUGAUUAUGCCAUAAUCAUCAUGAAUUAUCACGCUCCUCAUUAUCUUGGACUGAAUCCUCUGCCGAAUGUAUACCAAAUCAUUCAUUUUUUGGCUGUAUUCUUUCCCUUUUCUUGCCUGGAAAACUAAGGCCGGCAGUUCAGCCUUCUUAUCAGUAGGGACUGGUUCACACGGUUUUGUGUUGUGGUGCUUCCAGGAUGUUUGGAAACCAAGGAAACCAAUACAGGUGGCAGCUCAAUAUGGUAGAGUAGGUGUGGUCAAAGUUCUUUUUCCCCAUACUACACCGAUAAAGGGAUAUGCGGAGUGGAGCAUUGAUCGCAUUCUUAGUGACAUGCAACGUGGAAGUUUGGGGAGAGGUAUUUAUUUCAUUAUUUGCUUUGGUUAUACUUCCCCUCUGCUCCAAAAAUAGGAUCCAGUUUAAAUAGGGUGCAACAUUUAUUUAGUAAUCUCACUAAAGGUACACAUGUUUACAAGUUACAAAUGAUCCCUUGCACCCAUAAAGCUUGUUUCUAGAUUAUUGGACUAAUUAAUUAAAAUCACUUGCCACUUGGCAUAAGUGGAAUUGCUUAAAGAUCAAAAGGUACAGUUAUAACCACUCCUUUUGAGAGGCUGUGUCCUUACUCCUUAGAGGCUAUUUUCUUCAUGUUUAUUGUGUGUUAUAUAUCCACUCAUGUUAUAUGAUGCCAUCACUACAAUGAAUGAAAUGAUGGAUCUCAUUUGAAGUCUAUCUCGUA